CAAGCAAAUAUGGCUGUGCAAACAAUAAUCGCUCGUAAAAGGAUAUGUUACAGUUCAUUAUACAAUAUUCUGAUUGUUAAACUAUCAGUAAAGGUCACGGGCAGGACUACACGGAGGAUCGCGAUAGUGAUUAUUUCUCAAGAGGGCCGUGCCGCGGUUGGACGCUACCGGCGAAGUGACAGUGUAGUGACACAAGGAUUUUCUUUCAGGUUCAGAGAUAUGAAACAUCAGCACGCGCCGAUCGCGGCAGCACUAUGGAUAUUGUUCGCCGCCUCCGCCGCAGACGGCCAGUUCGUGAACCCAGUCACCUCCCUGGCCAACUUCCUGAACGAGGGCGGCCACCAGUACGACAACGAGCCCCCCGACCAGACCGAGCUGCUCCAGGAGUACGACUACAUCAUCGUCGGCGCCGGCACUGCGGGCUGCGUCUUAGCUAACAGGCUCACUGAAGUCAAAGAAUGGAAAGUUUUACUAGUAGAGGCCGGAGUGAACGAGAACUUUAUCAUGGACAUUCCGCUGGUCGCUAACUACCUACAGUUCUCGUCAGCCAACUGGAAGUAUAAAACAAAGGCGUCGUCAAAGUAUUGCGCCGGAUUCGAGAACAAACAGUGCAACUGGCCCCGCGGCAAAGUAGUGGGAGGCUCCAGUGUACUAAAUUACAUGAUUUACACCAGGGGAUCACCCUACGACUACGACAACUGGAAGGCGAUGGGCAACGAAGGCUGGGGAUGGGACGACGUACUUCCUUAUUUCAAAAAGGUAGAAAACUUCAACAUACGUUCAUUUAACGACCCCAAAUAUCACGACCAGGGUGGCCACGUUAAUAUUGAACAUGCGCCUUUUCGUACUACAAAAGGAAAAGCAUGGGUAAAAGGAGCCCAAGAGUUAGGUUUCAAAUAUGGCGACUAUAAUGGUCCUACUCCGGCCGCGGUAUCGUUUUUGCAGUUGUCUAUGAAAAAUGGAACACGCCACAGUUCUAGUCGGGCCUACUUGCACCCUAUUAACGGAAGAAAAAAUCUUCACCUUUCAAAAGGAAGUCUAGUGACUAAACUGAUUUUAGAUGACAGCAAAGCCAAAGUAAUAGGUAUAGUAUUAGAAAAACAUAAUAUGAAAUACACAAUAUUAGCGAAAAAAGAAGUAAUCUUAUCGGCCGGAGCUCUUAACACACCUCAACUGCUGAUGUUGUCAGGAAUAGGACCAAGAAGUCAUUUGGAAGAAAUGAAAAUACCUGUAAUAAAAGAUCUAGCAGUUGGUUACAAUCUGAUGGACCAUAUCGCCGCUGGCGGGGUACAAUAUAUAGUACGGCCACAAAACGUAUCUGUAUCUACCGAAUAUAUAUUUAAUCAUUUAGAUGUGGUUUUUAAAUGGAUGAGAACACAUAAGGGGCCGCUGUCCAUACCUGGAGGGUGCGAAGCUCUGAUUUUCAUGGAUUUGAAAGACAAGUUCAAUACUACGGGAUGGCCCGACAUGGAGCUGUUAUUUAUAACAGGUGGACUAAAUUCGGACCCAAUGCUACGCAGAAACUUUGGCUUUGACGACCAAAUAUUUACAGACACCUAUGGUCCGCUUGGUAGAGCCGAGACAUUCAUGGUGUUUCCCAUGUUAAUGAGGCCGAAAUCGCGCGGUAGGGUGAUGCUACAGAGCAGAAACCCUAAAGCUUCGCCUUUAUUGAUUCCUAACUAUUUUGAAGAUCCAGAAGAUCUGCAGAAAAUUGUGGAAGGGAUAAAAGUUAGUAUUCAAAUAGCGCGACAACCUUCGAUGAGGAAAAUGGGCACAAAAAUGUACGACGUACCGAUAGAAGAAUGCUUACAAUAUGGUCCCUUCGGAAGCGAUGCAUACUUUGCGUGUCAAGCGCGAAUGUUCACGUUUACAAUCUACCACCAGAGCGGGACUUGCAAAAUGGGACCAAAGAACGAUCCGACAGCUGUAGUCGACGCUAGGCUAAGAGUACACGGUAUUCAGAAUUUAAGAGUGGUUGAUGCCAGUGUGAUGCCUGCAGUACCGUCGGGGCAUACGAAUGCCCCCACUUUUAUGAUAGCGGAAAAAGCAGCAGAUAUGAUCAAAGAAGAUUGGGGUAAAUGGAGAUGACCGGCAUUACCAGCUGUUCAAUUGUUAUAGUAAAUUUUGUGUACCGACUUUCGACGCAAAAAUAUUUUGAUGGUAAUGGGGAAUUAACAUUAUAAGUUCAUUAGGAUGAAAUUAUUGUUGCGAUCUUUUCUUCGACAAUUACUUAUUUUUAUUUAUGGCUCAAAUGUUUAGUCAUUAAUAAAUAAUUAGGUAAAUGAUAAUGAUAAAUUUAGAAAGAUCGUCAACAGGGGUUAAGACCAUUCGGAAUUCUCCGAGCGAGGUUUUUUCGAUGUGUAGACACAAACCUCGGUUGACACUCCUAGAGCUGCCUAAAAUUUUAUCAAACCUCAUGCGUUUUAGUCAAAGCCGGAAUUUGACUAGUCAAUCGGAGAAUUUCGACCAAAACACAUGGAUAGUCUCCAAAGAGUUUUCCCAAAAAAAGGAAUAGUGCUACGUACUAUACCUACUACUACCAUAUCGACUUACUACUCCAACCUCAAUUUUGGACGCCUAGAUUGCACUCGCGGCAAUAAAUGAUCUGAUAUGUUCCAAAUCCAGUGUAGGCGUUAUUUAAUUUAAGGAAAAGUCAAUUGUAUGAGUAGACGCAAUGUAUUAUUGCAAAUAAGUGUCAAGACAACGCAAUUUUUAUAACAGGUUUGAAAAAUUUAAGUUUCUAAAUACCCUAAUGACACCCAAUAUUUUUAUCACAUUCGAUCAACAUAAAGACAGCUGUAGAAAAUCACUGUAUUAAGUCUGACAAUGUUUGAUUUGAUUUGAUAUGUAAUGUUCUUAUUGAGCAAAUUUACGGUAUUACGUCGUUAUUCAUAAAAGUUCAACAAGCGUCAAUAUCUAUUCACAUAAUGUAAUCGUUUGUCCUCAAUUAACCAUUACACGUAAUUAUGAUUAAGUGUGACAAAAUAAUAAUUCGGCCAUUUUGUUAACAAUAACUCCCUGGGAAUAAUUAUGUAUAAUGAUAAUGUACCUACUCUGGCACUAUUACUCUAGGACUAGGACGAACAACUUCUUGACUUGACUUGAGGUACUGAACUCAACUGUGAUGAAAAGGUAAGUUAUUAACUAUUUAUUGACACUUAUUUUUUGUAUGAUCAUAACAUAAUCAAGUAGGUAUUGAUUAGGUAUGAACAUAACACGUAAUUUAUUUGGUAUUUUUAAGUAGAAAAUAUUAAAUUGGGGUGUAACUGUUAUGCGUGUCUUUAACAGAAACACAAAAUGAUUGAAACCAAAUAAACAAAUGCCAUAAA